AUGGUAAAUGAAAGUUGGAGGGCAGGAGCCUUUGCAGGAGUGACGACAGCAUUAACUCUACAGCCAUUGGAUGUUAUAAAAACUCAUCUUAUCGUAAGCCAACAUAAGUCGCAUGCAAUUAUUCAAGGAGUGAAAUUAGUUCUAACCUCAUCUCGCCUCUGUAAGCGAACAAAAGAUUUUGAAUAAUUAAAAAAAUCUCCUUUCAUAAAUUGAAAAGGAAAUUAAUUUAAUUAAUAAAAUAUAUGGUUUAGAAUGGAUGCUAUUUAGAAUUUAAAUAAAAUUAGAUUAUAAUAAAUAUCACUUAUGUAUCAAAAUAUAUUUCAUAAAAAAAUUUAAAUAAAGCAAAUUUUUUGCUUGCUAAUAUAAGGUGGUUUCGCCCCUAAAAAUAGAAAAUUUUCCAAUGCUUUUUUCGCUCACAGACAUGGGAGUAGCAAAAUACGGAAUGAAAGGGUUUUGGAGAGGAUCAACGCCUGCAGUGGGUAGAGCUUUAAUGGGUUCGGGAUCAUAUUUUUUCUUAUUGGAAGAAUUUAAAAGAUUACUUGGAGAUUCAUUUACAGUCGCAAAUGGGAUGUCAUCUGGAUUUGCAAAAGCCUCAAUAACUAUACUGAAAAAAUUGAAUUAAUUUUAAAAUUUGCUAUUAUUUUUUAUUUUAUUUCUCUAAAUCUCAAUUUCCUAUUUACUAUACAAUAAGCAAUUAGGCAUACUUUGUGCUUGCCAAUGACACUUAUUAAAGUAAGAAUGGAAGCCCCAAAUUGUCAAGAAUAUAAAGGCAUUUGGCAUGCUGCAAAACGUAUCUAUUCUGAAGAAGGAGUCAGGGGAUUCUAUCAAGGAUUAACGCCUGCAUUAAUCCGAGAUGUCCCAUACUCCUUCGUUGGGUAUGAAUUUUAUGAAUUGUAUAUAAAGUAUUUUUCACAAUUAACAGAAUUAGAUCGAACUUAUAAGGCUAUCACACUUGCUGCUGGGGUUGCAGCUGGCUUGUCUGCAACUAUUCUUACACACCCAUUUGAUGUCAUUAAAACAAGAAUUCAGUUUGGGAAGUUUGCAGAAAACCAAAAAUAUCAUUACACUGGAGUAAUUUUGGGAAUUAAAGAAAUUUAUUAUGAUGAAGGAAUGACUGGAUUUUUAAGAGGGAUUAUGCCAAGGAUAAUGAAACGUAUCUUCUCUUUUCCCUUGGUAUGGACGCUUUACGAACAAAUAAAGCUUACUUAUUAA